CCAGCGACCCCCCCCCCCCCCCUUCCAGCGACACGUGCGUCCCCCGCCGGUCUCGGCCCCCUGGCGGCCCCGCACCCAACCUCGGACCCUCAGCACUCGGGACGCGACUCCAGCUGUCAGCAUCAUGACAUCCAAAGUGACCUUCAAAAUCACAUUGACUUCUGACCCCAAACUUCCAUACAAAGUGUGAUCUGCGACCUGAAUGUUGCCUUAGGGGAGUUUGCCUGAUGGUUAGGAAUGAGAGCAUACCAAUCAGCCAAGGAAUAGGAUCUGCAGUUAAAGAAGAAACAAAGAGCUCAUACCAUCUGUGGAAAAAGGGUUGUCUGGUAUUAAGUGACAAUAGAUGACAGAUUACAUUUUCAUGUUUUGAAAAACCUUUUUGUUCAUUUUGGACUUUGAUUACAGUUUAGUUUAUGACACUAUCAAAAAGGGAAAUUGGAUUUGUAAGGAAUUUCAGAAUUAGCAAAUAGUAUCCACAAUAUUACCUGUAAUUUAUUUUGUUUUAUUUUGAAAUAAUGUGGAAAUCAGUUCUACAGAAUCUGCUGUAUUUCAUUCAUGAGUUGUAUCCAGCUGCUUACAGUCAGAGUAAUUGGACCUGUGAUGGUGUAGACAAAGCUCUGUCAUGGGGUGCAUACUGUGAGAAAAUAGCAAGGCAGUCCCACCAGAAUGGCAGCCUUCAGAUUGCAUUUAGCCACUUGGCAAGAAAAUCCAAUAUGGCCCUUUUAUUUUGUCAGUUACAGGAUGCACGCUAUCACUUACUGAAAAGCCUCAUUCAUAAUCAAGCACUUGAAACAAAUGUACAGGAGCACAUCUCUCAUGUUGCAAAAAUGACUCUGGGCUCCACUGCUGCUGCUAGAAUUUAUGAACAGGUAAAUCAGCAGCAGGAAUCUUAUAAGCAGAUAAGUGCUUAUAUCAAUGAUACAAUGAAUGAAAACUUUCAUAAAGACCUCAAAAGUAAACUGGUGUUAGAAGUGAUGGACACCUUGAGUUCAGAGCAAGUAAAUGAAACCCUCUCUGCAUUAGUUAAAAUUCCAGAUGGCCUUAAUAUAUUGUUAGAUGAUAUGAGGUGUGGGAAUGUAAUGCUUGAUGUGAAAAAAGUUUCAAUAGGUAAAAUGAUUGUUGAAUUUUUAAAUUCAGCAUUACGAUCCCCAAGGGCACCCAUACACAAAUGCAUAGUUCAGACUUUGUGUAACCUUCAACCAGAAAGAUUGUGCGAUUUACUGUUAUGUAGUCGUAAUCUUUUAGUUGCAUUUCUGGCAGUACUGCGUAGAGAAGGACAGAAGCUAGUGUUUGUCGAGCAUCCUGCAGGUCACUCCUGGUCACCACAAGACUUAUCAUCAUCAUUUUUAACAUACAAAGACUUAGUGACUGUUUGUAGUAAUAUACACUUGAGCAAAAGUCUUGUAGCAUCUACAGACAAAAUAAUAUCUGAGUGGUGCAUACAGGAGGAUGGGGCAAUCUGGAAUGACGUAUUGAGUGAUGUGAAAAUUGCUGUUCAUAGAAGAGAUGCUUUUCCAUGACUGGUAAAAAAUGGGGUAAAACUCUUGUACAUCACAUGAAGUAUACAUUCUUGCCUUAGUUGAUUUGUGAGAUUGAUUAUCAGUGGUGAUUGCUUUUGGAUUAUGUCAGAUUAAGCAAAUAUGUUUUCACAAAUGUCAACAUGAGCAUUAAUUAAUGAAAGGCUUUAUAGCACAGAGAGGGUGAUUUAUGAAGAUGAUUUUACAUGAAAGCCAGCUUGUAAUUAUCUUAUCAAAUGAAACAAAUGUAUUAGGAUUUAUGAUUUCUCACAAUUAAUUACUGUACCUUUUGUAAAAUGAGGAGAUAAAGAGUAAUUUUGUUUUUUUUCCCCCCUUUUGACUUUUAAGAAAUUUGGAAUGGAUUUCAUAUAUUAUGUACAAGUUUUUAAAGUUAACAUUCAGAUUCAGUAAUUGGCAUUUCUUACUUAUUCUGUAAUUUUUAUUUAGUUGAUAUCCUAGUGUAUAUGAGGUUGAUUAUAAAAAUAAUUUUUGAAUAUCCUUCUGUGGGUCUUCUAUUUUGUUUGCUUGCAAUAAUAAUCUUGUUCAUGAAGGAGGCUUGUGAAUGAGUUGUCAGUAAUCAUGCAAUACAAAUGUUGUAAUGUUAUUUGAAAGAAACUGAAUUUUUUAUGGAGGAAAAUACAUCUUUGAAGUCUCCCUGUUUACUGAGAUAGGUAGGUAAUCCUAAAAGACUAGAAAUUAACAAAUGCUACAUGUUGUUAACCCAGUGACUACAGAUUUAUGUACUGCCUCCUGUAGUUUUUUUGUGAGUUUUGUUGCAUACAGAUGGCUCCACAUGUGCUCAGCCAGCAAGGAGUGUAUCAGUCGGCCCUAGUGACCCCUCCUGAUUUCCCCCUUCCUUGAAAUUGUGGGAAAAUGUGUUUUUCCUUCUAAUGCUAUUGAUAUUGAUACUGUUAUUAUUCUUAUUGGUGUGAUUAUUGAAUUGUUAUUAAAAUCUUGGUAACAUUAAUGACAAUGAAAUAAUACAAAAGAAACUUUCCAAACAUCAAGGAAAAGGGUAAGCAAGUGAGUAGGACUAAUAACUGACUCCUUGGUGACUGAGCACUUGUAGAGCCUUCAAUGUGUAUAUACAGUAAAUGAAUUUAUAUUACAGUCGUCAAAGCAUCCAUACCAAUUGGAUUAAUACUUUAGUAAUGCACUACUUUUAUCUUGAUGUUUAGUCAACACUGCAAAUAAAGUAAGCAAAAGUAUUUCAAGAUAAAUGCUGUCUGGAAGCUUUGGAUUAUUUAUUGAAUAUUUCAAAGCUUAUUAUGUUUCACAUGCUUUGAGCAAUAGUAUUGUAUUUUCAUGGCAUUUAGUAUAGAAAAUGUUGUUGAUUCAUAUUGCCUUGUACUGGAAUGUGAAGAAGUUGAGGAAAGAGUGACCUGUCACUUAAAAUGAUAACUUAAAAUCUUUACUAAGAAUUAGAUGAAAUAGAAAAGGAACAGAUUGCAUGUGGAAGAAGUAUUUACUAAUAGAAUUUGUAUUCAACAAAGUUCUGUAAAAAGUAUUGGUAUAUAAUCCUUUUCUAGUAUUUGAAAUUUGUUUAUUUGUAGAUUUAGCAUACUGUUGUGAAGAGAAUACAUAAAAUAGUUGGUUUGUUAAAUUGUAUUUUCUUUAUUAUGUGUUUAUAGCAAAUCUGUGUUUCUUCUUACAGGCUGAUUUCAGCAUCUUGUUUUUUUUUAUUUGGCUUUGUAUGGAGGAGUUACACAUGUUAGAGUAACAGUUGACCAAUCAUUACCCAUCUUAUAGUGUGGUUCUCUCUCUUUUU